AUGUAUCACGGCGUCUCUACGCCGCCGCAACAUCCCCAAAUGGCGUCCAUCGUGUACGUGCCAAGCUCUCAACCAAACCCAGUGGCCUACUACGCUGCGGAGCCUGUCAUUAACCCGCAGACUAUACAACAGCUCCCGCAGCAUCGAGUUUCGCUCGUGUACCCAGACACCGUGGCCCAGCAGCGCAUUCAAGCACCACAGCAGCAGGUGGUCAUCCCUGAGAGCUUCACUACCGAGGCGACGCCCUUCUACGCUUACCAGCCGGCGCCGCACGAAACGAGGGGCAGCACCAGCAGCCUAGUCUGCCUCGUUCCCACGGUCACCACUAACAACUCGCCUCAGCUGCCGAUGCUCAUUCAGUCGCUGGGCUCUAGCACCAUUAGCUUUCAUGCCGACCCGGCCUUGCGUACUCAGGAAACGCACGCUACGCCCCAGGCGAUGCAGCAGGUGCUGACAACAGACUACAUGCAGAUCUCGAUGGAGAAGCCCGUGCCUCCGUCGAAGUCCGCUACCGACCCAGCCGCCAAGACAAACGUGAUGAGCUCUUCUGAGGUGUGCCGUCACUACAUCAAUGGCCGCUGCAACCGCCGCAAGUGUCGUUUUCUUCACCCUGACCUGCGUAGCCCGCUCAUGCCCUCCCAUGUGACCUAUACGCCUUGCGAUUCAGCACCGAUCAUGAAAAACCCGUCGUUCGCUCAAGUUUCUCCGUUGACGCCAUACUCCAGCCUUUCAACGGCUUCGCUGAGUAGCUUCAGUGUUCCCCCUUCCACUCAGCGGGAAACCAUCCUGUGGUGA